CAGGAGCGGUCCGGCUGGGCGUCUCUCACCAAGCCACGCUCACUUAUGGAGGCGAAUGAAGCGUGCGCUGUCAUUACUGUGACCUUACAGCCGCGCUCUCUUGUGGGAUUAUUCGCGUUUAAACUCGGACGGCUUUGUGCCGAGCCCGAAAGACGGUUGCUGAGUAAUUUUUGUAGAGUGCAGAGUGAUGUGAUAUGGAGUGGACUUUGGAUUGAUGGACAGGAUCUACUCUUGUGUGUCUGUCUGUAGGACCACAUCUGACACCAGUCUGAGAGGACAAUUUAAUAAAUGUUGCUUUACCGUCUGGCGGCUGUCGCCAGCUCUGCAGGACCUACGGACCUCCAUGCUGCAGGUCUCUUCUCUGUGCCCAAAUCAGCGCUUCCACCCUUGUUCCCGCACACCCCUCCUUGGCACUGUCUGUUAAUGAGACUGGAGCUUUUACUGAAUUCUCUGUCCAUAGUGUUCUUCAAACGUCUGCAUACGUAUUACACAUCACCACAGACUACAAGUGUCCCUUGGACGAAUUCAGGAAGUGUGUAUUAGUGGCCUCCUCUCCUUCCUCUACGAGGAAAUAAUCCAAAUGUCGAUCAUUUCUCAGGACAUCCCAAAACACUAAUUCAGGACUUUUUUAAAAAAAUAAAAAAAUAAAAAAUUAUUCUUUCUAAAUAAACAAUCCAAAUCCAGAAAAAAAAAACAUCUUUUAAAGUGCAUGCACAAUGAGCUCAGACAGUUUUCAGUACCGUGCACUGUAUGAGUACAAGCGAGAGCGAGGAGAUGACAUCUCUCUGCAGCCUGGAGAUCUCCUUACUGUCAGCAAGCUAGCGGUUCUGACCCCAGAAUACCAGGAGGGAGAUGAGAAGAACCCGGCAGGCUGGCUCCAUGGCACAAAUGAACGCACUAUGGAGAAAGGUGACUUCCCGGGGACUUUCGUGGAAUACGUUGGGGUUGUGCAUUUGGGCCUGCCUGCAGGAAAACCCUGGCCUAGACCUGUUCCCCCAACCCCUGGAGGACAUCAGACACCUGUAGGACCUCAGCCACCGGGAGCCUGCAUUUCAGGGGGCUGUGGGUUGGGGGAUUCUCUGGAGCAGUGUACCGUUCCGGAUCAGGCUCCAGCCGUGGUGCUCAGGCUCACCGAAGCGCUGGAGAGACCGGGCUGGGAAAAUGAACCUCUCUACAUAACCCAAUUAGCUCCCAGUGCACCACUCGACCUACAACAGGCUCUGGAUACAGACCCCGCUGCAGUGGAGUGCGAGCAGUAUGACUUGGCCGUGUUGGCUGAUACUCUCAGGGCUUACCUGCAGGAGCUGCCAUGUCCCAUCAUCCCAUCUGUGCUCUACAGUGAGCUGGUCUACACUGCUCAGGAAAUAGAAAGUUUGGAGGAUUGUGGUCAGCAGAUAAGGAGGAUCCUGGACUCGCCCGGCAUGCCACAGUCGAACCACCAGCUCCUGGUCUAUCUGACCCAUCACCUCAGCAAAGUGACUCAGAGUGGAGGAGCCGCUCAGGCCAGCGCCAGGUUUUUGGCUCAAGCCUACGUCGAGUCUGUCUUUAAACACAGCCAUUUCAGUGCGGAUGUGAACCCUGAUCAUCACGUAAAGAUUCUGGAAGCCCUCAUCAUCGUGGGAGGCCUGACUGAGAUUCAAGCUGCUCCAGCUCUUCCUCCCAAGCCGGCCAAACCCAUGACUCCUGUGAACAGUAACGGUGUGAAGGAGGCUGCAAGCUCAUUGCAGGAAGCUGAAUGGUACUGGGGAGACAUAUCAAGGGAAGAGGUGAACGACAAAUUGCGAGACAUGCCAGACGGAACCUUCCUGGUGCGGGAUGCCUCGACUAAAAUGCAGGGAGACUACACGCUAACUUUAAGGAAAGGCGGCAACAAUAAGCUAAUAAAGAUCUACCAUCGCGACGGCAAAUAUGGAUUCUCAGACCCGCUUACAUUCGGUUCGGUGGUGGAGCUCAUCAGUCACUACAGACACGAGUCUCUGGCUCAGUACAACACGAAACUGGACGUCAAGCUCAUGUAUCCCAUCUCUCGCUACCAGCAGGAUCAGCUGGUGAAAGAAGACAACAUCGAUGCUGUAGGGAAGAAACUCCAAGAAUAUCACAAUCAAUAUCAGGAAAAGAGCAAAGAGUACGACCGACUGUAUGACGAGUACACAAAGACUUCGCAGGAGAUUCAGAUGAAGCGCACCGCAAUAGAAGCCUUCAACGAGACCAUCAAGAUAUUCGAAGAGCAAUGUCACACACAGGAGCGCUACAGCAAGGAAUAUAUCGAGCGAUUCCGCAGAGAGGGCAACGACAAAGAGAUCGAAAGGAUAAUGAUGAACUACGCCAAACUCAAAUCACGACUUGGGGAGAUCCACGAAAGCAAAAUCCGCCUGGAGCAGGACCUGAAGACACAAGCUCUGGACAACAGGGAGACAGACAAAAAGAUGAAUAGCUUAAAGCCAGACCUUAUCCAGCUAAGAAAAAUCCGAGAUCAGUAUCUUGUCUGGCUAAAUCACAAAGGCGUACGUCAGAAACGAAUAAAUGACUGGCUGGGCAUCAAAAACGAGAACACCGAUGAUACUUACUUUGUGAGUGAAGAGGAUGAGAACCUGCCACACUAUGAUGAGAAGAGUUGGUUUGUUGGGGAUCUGAACCGCACACAGGCUGAGGAUCUUCUUCUGGGAAAGCCUGACGGAGCCUUCCUCAUCCGGGAGAGCAGCAAGAAGGGCUGUUACGCCUGCUCUGUAGUUGUGGAUGGAGAAGUGAAGCACUGUGUGAUCUACAGCACGCCGCGUGGUUUCGGCUUCGCUGAGCCAUACAACCUGUACAGCACUCUGAAAGACCUUGUUCUGCACUAUCACCAGACCUCGCUGGUCCAGCACAACGACUCGCUCAACGUGCGCCUGGCCUACCCCGUCUACGCACAGAUGCCCUCAGGCCCCCGCAGAUGAGGCCCUGCCCACUCCAACACACAAAACAAUAUACAACACAACAAACACUUGCUGCAACACACACACACACACACACACGUCAGCCACCUUCGGAGUUCUAUAUUUUUACUAGAACAAUUUGGAGGGCAUUCUUUCUAAAGACUGCUUGAUUUGCACAAGGAAGUUUUAAAUGUUUGUGAAUGUGAAAAAAAAAAAAAAAGACAGAAGGAAGCAGAAGAGGCGAGUUUCAGGUGACCCACGCUGCUACCUAAACUCCAGCUGGGACUUUUUACAUGCUUCAUGAUUUAAAGCUUUUUUUUUUCUCCUCCUUUAUUCUUUGUCAUUCAUUUGUACAUUUAUUUUUUUUUUUAUCCCCGUGUCCUAACCUCCUUUACUAAGUGUAAGGCAGGAAAAUAUAUAUGUUUAUUUCUUCAUUCUCUCUCUCUCUCUCCCCUUUUUCUCUCAUUGUGUGUAUGCUGAAAAGGCAAAUGUAUGUAGCAAACAGACGCCUGACACUUUCCAGAGUGUUUCUCACAGUAACUGCUGCUGAACAGGGGAUUGUGGGAGGGAAAGGAACAGGACAGGGGUAGGGUGGGCUGAGGGAAAAAGCUGAGAGGGCACAAGUGAAAAUAUGUCAUAGUCUUAAACAAAACAAGCUUGCUUUUAGAGGGGAGCUGUCUGUAUGUUUUUUGUUUGUUUGUUUGUUUGUUUUUUGUUUUUUAACAUUGCUUUACUUCUUGCUGGAUCUUCUUUUGAACCUUUCUGAGCAGUAAGGGUGUUACAGUCCAGUGCAGAGACCAAAGUUAGCAUAGGGAGGAAGUCCCUUUCUUUUUCUUUUUUUUAAUUUCCUUUUCUUUUUUUAACACCUUUCUUCUGUUAAUUUUCUUAAAAUAACUGAGAGGAAAGUGUUAUUUCAUCCUAAAACCUUCGACUCAGUAACUAAAGCUCCAGACAGAAAUAACGAGUAAAAUUUUCUUGACUGGAUUAUUAUUAUUUUUUUCCUUCUUCUUUUAAUAAAGCUGUUAUUGACACUUUUUCAUGCGAGUCCUAGAACCACAAAGAGUGAUGAGAUUUUUAUUUAAAAUAAAGCCAGUCAAGGAAAUCUGCAGCUCUAGUUAUUAAAGUCUGUAUAGGUUUCAGGGAAAAAUGUCACUUCUGUUAAUGCCUAUGCUAGUAAAAUGCUAACCACACGUGAAAUAGUGUCGGGCAUCUGCCCCUGUUUUUUUUUUGUUUUUGUUUUAUUCCUUUUCUUUUCUCAAACACAUAAUUUGAUGUGAAGCACUUAUUUGACAAGAUAAAUCCUGGCAAAUUAAAAUUCAAACGUGAAACAAAAAAAGAAACACUAUUUGAUGUGUGGUUUUAAUCUAAUACAGGAUCGCUAUUAAUUGUUAAAGAUGAAAUUUGUGUAAUCUGUUCAGCUCUGAACGAGUCGGUGUACGGGAAGCGGAAGCAGUGGGUCAGUGAUGAGAACGUGAAGAGAGUGCAAUCCAACACGUGUAUUAUUAGCACGGAGGUCUAACAAAGCGAGCGCUGAAGCACCGAUCAGCGAUAAUCGCAUGCACCGAGACCCCUUUGGAGAAAAGCGCUUCUUUUUCUACCUGCUUCUUAUAACGAGUGAACGCUUUCGUUGUCCAAACGGUCGACAUUUAAACCUUUUUUCUACUUGUUCGUGAUCAUGUCGCACAAUAAAACCUUUUCAGAAAUCCGAUAACAUCACGGAGAAAUGCACAAUAUUUACUGAUCACAUGACUUCUCGUUAGCACUGGACUCUCUCUUUCUCCGCUGCUCAUUUUUGGUACCGUUCAUGCUCUUCUUCUAACGCUACAUCGAUCAGCCCAGUUUCCUGGCGCUCGAUUGCUUUUUUGAUGUCAGUCACUUCUCACUCACCGCAUGGGCAGCUGAAGGAGCGUAACUUGUGCUUAUUCCUCCUUUAUAAACUCUAUGCAUUACAUCCACCUCUGUGUCACACUCGCUCCUCUUUAUUGUACUCCGCACCAGAGAGGUUGUGAAAUGUUCUUCACGAGUUUACGUACAAAAAAAAACAAAACAAGGUCAAAUGCACAGUCAGUAUUCAUGUAUUUCCCCUCUGUUAUAUCAGGAGUUAGUGGUCAUUCUGAGCGUCUGAACCUGGACGCUGAAGACUUCUUGUGCAGUCUGUGGAGUCGGGUCAGGUCGAGUACAGCCGGCAGCCGCUCCCUUGAGUGCAUGCGCUUUAUCUGUCUUCCCUCUUCACACCCUGAGUGUACGGCUUCGAGAUAAAAACCACAUUCAGGCCCAGAGUACUUGAUAGAAGCCACAUGUCCUCACAGCUUGUGACUUGAAGUUGGCCAGACAGUGAAGGAUUCCUUUCUCUCUGUCCUCGACACUGCAGCCCUUCCUCUGCCUCGCACCAUGGCAACUAGCAUAAGAGCAAUAGAGCUCCUUGUGUGACCGUGAGUCACUGCUCUCGCUAGGUCUGGAAUUGCUGAGGAAAGAGCAGCACUGAAGCUGCCUGGUGCACGCUGGGAAAAUUUCCAGAAUGACCAAUGUCUCCAUACGAAUAUAUCCACACAGACAUCUAACUUUUCAAACCCCUUCCCAACAAAUACUUGAUUUCCUCUUCUGCACUAUCACCCUAUACGCAUCGUGGCAGCCCUGUUCACAUGCACGGGGUUCGCUUUGGAUUUUGAUUUUUCUUUUUUCUUUUUUUUUCGACUUUCUGUAAAACUUUUAUAGAUCAAAGAUUCUAUUUAGCAUCUCUUUUUGUUUUCAUUUUUCAAAGAUGCAGAUUGUUUGUCUAACCGGGGCCACUGACGGGUCCGCUCUCUAUUACUUGAACUAUUGCAUUGCUCACUGUUGAAUGUCUUUAUAUUGCAUAUAUACAAAUAUAUUAAAGAAGAGGAAAUCCCUUUUAUGACAGCCGAGUUUGGAAUAUAUGUAAACGCAUUUAUUCUUCAAGUGUUGGUUAUUUCUUAAAGGGGUUUGCUUUAACUGAAAUACGACUGUUUAUUGGACCCUGCUGUCCAAUAUUGCACACAUCAUAUUGAAGAGACUUUAUAGAACAACAUUACAAGGCUGGCAACAGAGGGAGGUUUUUUCUGUGUGUGUCAUACAACUCUUCAUGUUCCUACAUUUACUGAACAAUUGUUAGAGCCGAGUUGUAAUUAUUUGUUAUUUUUUAAUUCCUGGCAUUGAGACCAAAGAUUUGAGUUUGAUUGUUGUUCUGAGCGAAUGCGUAGUCUUCUCCUCCCCACUGUUUUCUUUUUUUUUUUUUUUUUCGAAACAACUCUUUUUGAAACGACUUGCUUCAAUUGAACACGCAAGGUGAUAUACUGGAUGGGUUAUAUUCGUACUUGUCUUAUAAAACAAAAAAUUAAUUCCAGACUAUUGUGAAUUUUAUUAACGGAGCAGGUUAAACUUACACGGCAAAAUCUAAUCCUAAACCAGUUCAAAGUAAACCUGAGCUUUAUCUUUCUUUCCCCCCAACCAUUGUAGGAGGUGCUUGAAUAGUUUAGUGUGCCAUCAGUAUUUUUCAUUUCGAUAGACUGCUCACUGUCUCACACACACACACACACACACACACACACUACGCCACACCACCCGAAUCCUGUUUGUCGCUCUUUUUCACACCUUUAGAAAAAGUUGGGCCUAGCUGGAGGCUUGGAUUUUUUUAUUUUUUUUCCUUCUCUUAUGGACGUUUGCUCUGAGAGAAAAACAAACUAGUGCACCUAGCGAUUUGUGAUCCGUCUCAAAAAAUAAAUAAUAAAAACACACACAUAACAUGAUUAUCAUUCUCUGCAGGGCAGAAAAGCAGUGGGGUUUGUUGGCACUCUUUGUUCACACUCCACAAAGCAUGCAAUAUUUCAUUUUUCAUUUUCUUUCCUUAAGGUUUCAGGGACAAAAACAAGCAUUGCAUUGGGGGGUUCGUAUGAAGGACAUGUUUACCAGAGGAAAAAAAAAUGCCUUUGCAUUUUUUUUUUUUAAAGAUGUGGGACAGGGAUGGGAGGAAAACUAAACUAAACCAAGUUCAAGAAAAAAACAGAUUAACGGUGCAUUACUUCAAAAGCUCAAAGGGUUUGGGCAUGAACCAAAACCUCUCCACUCACCUCGGUCUGUCUGCAUUGUGAUUAAAUCAUCAGGCUUCGGUUAUUUCAAGACUGUUAAUGCCACAAUGUAUGAAUCUCUUGCCCUUUUGUGCAGUUCUGCAAAGUUUUAUUUGCAGUUGGGUUUGAAUAUGUUGUGAUUCUCAUUGGGAGUCUUUUAUGUUCUUACCACUACUGUCACAUCAUGACACCCAGCACAGCUUAAUGGAGUAAAGCUUCUUAUAUUUAAAUAAAGAAAAAAAAAUUGAGAAAAAAAAAGGAAAAAAAAAAAAAGAAUUCAAAAAGAUAUAUAUAUAUAUAAAAAAAUAUGGAAAAAAAAACCCACUCUCCCUCCCACUUUGACAUACGUACAAACCCAGCAUGCUUCUUUGGUACUCUUGACUGUUGUUUUGUGUAAAAAAGAAAGUUUAAAAAAAGUUUAAAAAAAAAAAAAAGUUGUUGAAACAAGAACUGUUAUUUGUCUGUUUAUGGUGUUGUCAGAUAUACAUUUUGAUAUCGCUUAUUAAAAACACUGCUUUUUCAGCUGUAAUAAGUUUGAACCCUGUGUUUCAGUGGACGAAGCAAAUAUGAUAUUGUUCCUAAAUACUGAGAACGAGGGGCCGCGUCAGCAAUAGCAAACCUGCCAAAGGUUCCGACUGUUUAUUUUCCACAGGAUUUUAUCGAUACGUCAGUGGAUAAUGACAAACAAUCGAACUCUUGAAACAGCUAAACACACACUUUGUUGAAUAUUUGCCCGACACCAGCAGAUAUUUAUAGACUCAGCUUGAGCAAUAAGCCGUUGGCCCCUAAAUCAGCUAAAUCACCGUUUCCCCCAAUUCUAACAAAAUACUAUCAAAAUAAAUCGAUAAAUAAACUUAUAAUCACACGCCAAACUCAAUCAUAAGUUUUUUUUGUUUGUUUGUUUGUUUUAUUUUUACUCUCCGCCUCAGUAAUACCACAGCAUCUCGUUCCGUUUGUUCUGUCUAUGUGGAGAAGAAGAGUAGAAAACAUCCUCUUUCUCAGUAUUUGAAUAUCAUCCUUGCUACAGGCUUCUUGAUACUCCUCAGUUGUUUUCCACCAUAUUUUCUUGUAUCUGUUACAAUAGUUUGUAUUGGUUGUAGACUCUCCCAUUUGUUAUGAGAUGAACUCAUGUAUAUUCUCAAUGGAACUCCACACUAUUCAUUUCUCUUGCGGAAUAAAGAAAAUAUUUUGUCCAA